AUGGGAGCCCUCAACUUUGGUUUCACCAUAGGCUUUACUUCACCACUCGUUCCGUUCUUUUCAAGUUAUUGGGGAACACCUGAAAUUCAAACAACAUUUUUCAAUGCUAUUCUUUCAUUACUUGCUAUCAUUGGACCAUAUAUAGCUACAUUCAUGUUGAAAUAUCUUGGAAGACGUCCAGUUUUUUGCAUUUUACAAUUUGUAAGUGGCGUAAUUUACUUAUUAAUGAUUACUGCCAACAAAAAUCGCUUCUGGAUCUUAAUCCUAAUGAGAGCACUCAUGGGUUUGGCUAUUGGUGGCGUUUCUUCAACAACUCCAACAAUGCUUGUUGAAGUUGCCCCAGAAGGACUUUCUGGAUUCUUCGGAAACCUCACACAGACAGGUGUAUGCUUAGGAAGUAUCAUUGUCUACUUGGUUGGUAACUGGACAGCCAACGUCAGCAAAGAAGCAUAUGUUUGGUACGUCAUUCCAAUUGUUACAGCCUCAUUUGAUUUCUUGAGCUGCUGCUUGAUUUGGUUAUGCCCCGAAACAGGCAAUCAAACACCAAAUGAUAAUAAAGUUGAAGAAGAAGGCGAAAAAGAAAGAUUAUGCCAGAAGAAGUACCUUGGAAAGCUUUUCGUUGGCAUAAUGUUGAUGAUUAUCCAACAAUUCUGCGGUAUUAACGCUAUUGUUACAAACUUAGAUGAAAAUUUGCGUACAGCCAAAGUUCCAAUGGAUUCUGGCAUUGCAUCAGCAGUUUCAAUGUUUAUGAUGAUUGUUGGUGUUUUCAUUGGUGGAUUUGUUAUAGAUAAGAUGGGAAGAAAACCAUUAUUUACAAUUUCUUGCCUUGGUUGCAGAGUUACAUUAAUUAUUUACGCUUGCUGCUAUAACUUCGAUUGGCCAUCAUGGAUUGCACUUAUUUGCAUCUGCUUAUACCUCUUCUUCUUUGGUUUCGCAUUAGGUCCUGUUCCAUGGUAUUGUAUUCCAGAAUUAUUCCCACCAAGCCUUAGAUCUCUUGGAAAUUCAAUUAUCAGUACAACAAACCAGCUAUUUACAUUCGUUGUUAUCUUCCUUUUCCCAGUUAUGAGAGGUAAAAAGGAGAAAGUACAGGAAAGUUCACAGGAGGUAUGGGAUACAUGCCAACAUGCUUAUUGUUUGCAGCAUUCUCCAUCUUAG